AUGAAUCUGGACACCAUUCUUAUAGACGGCUUCAACAUCAUUCACAAUCCCGAAAAGGCCUCGGUCCGCUACCUGAGAGUGAAAAGUGGUUCCAGAUCGCUGGAUCUCCGACUCCGCGAGUUCUGGAGCCAUGAUCUGGUGGUCAAUCAUCCAGCGCUACAAGCCCUCGACAUCCUCACGCGUGACCUCCUUGACUGGACGCAGUGGAUCGAGGAGAACUACCAGCAUUGGAGGGUGAGGUCCCGCGUUCGGAUCAUCAAUGUUGACACCGGCGAGUAUCUCAAUGAUGUCAACAGCGGACCGUACAGUGACUGGUAUGACACCCAUAUUGGAGGGCGGGAGCCGCGCGUGACGGAUGAGACGGACGAGGAGCGGAUGGAGGCGAUGCGUCUCUAUGGACACCCGCUGCCGGUGGCUGACUUGAGCCGCGGGAUUGAGUGA